CUGCGCGCAGUCGAUCCAUCGAGCCGGCACGCACGCUCGCGUCGCCCUUAAAAUCGUGUUCACAAAAUAUUCCAUCAAAAUUUAUUUACAACUCGAGAAUCAGACGUCAUUAGGACGCUAGUGGUAAUCAGAGUGAAAGAACGCGUUCGAUUCGGAAUUCAAAUCAAAACGCGGACGGGAUACCGACAAACCAGAAGUCGCCGGACAACCUCGGCAGAAAUUCGUUUACCGAUGUGAUGUUAGUUAAUUCUAGAUUUUCACCUGCAGCGGAAACAGCUUACGUCGACGGCUAGCGGUAAAACGCCGUCCGCGCUACACGCGAAGCGAUUGUUGAGUAACCGUCAGGUUUCUCCAGUGCUUUCGACUUAACACAAACACAAGAACGUGAAUUUUGGACACGUCUGUGACAGCCGCCUACGUAUAGAACGCUCGGUAGGUUUUGGUACUAUUCCGUUAGAAAGUAGCGCGUUGUGGACAGUGAUUCGGUAUUUUCGGGUAAAUGGACAGUGUGUGAAACGUUUUGUUUGACUGAUAGUGUUGUGAAUACUGCGCGUGCGUUUUGCAUGGCGCGAUGAUUAGCGGAGGCUGGGUGUGCGCGCUGCACGUCCGGACCGGCGGCCUGGGCGGAGCGGCCCUAGGGUCCGACGAGGAGGAGAUCGUCUACCUCGCCUAUGUCGUCAUAGAUGUCCUGUCCAACCAGAUAAUAGGCGAGAGAGAAUAUGCAGUGAGGCCCACGAGGAGGCCGUCCGAGGAGCUCCAGACAGGGCAGCCUUUGGAGGUAGUUGUACUGCAGUUCGAUGAGUUCGUGCGCUCACUGCAGGUGGAGCCACAUUCACCUCUCUUCAGGCUGGUCACGGACGGACAGCCCCCGCUCAGACAAUGUCUCCACCCAGAAGCGUGCAGCAAGGAGCUGCCACUGCCCACAUACUACGCGCGCUUCCACGACCUCCGCAAGGAGUACGUGCGGGCGUACACACUGCGUGCGGUGACGCCGCCGCGGGCGCAGGCGCCCCCGCCGCCCCCGCCGCCCGACCACCCGCAGUCCCUGCACGACAUGUUGACUUAUUUAGGAAUAGCGCCGUACACAGGAGAAAACUUCUACGCGGCAGAAGUCAAGGACAUGGCUAGCAUCAUACAAAGGAUAAUAGCUGAUGGAUUCCGGUUAGAGUUGCCAGAGACGGUGGAUUUAGUUUUAGAAACUGGUAUUUGCUCAAAAGACGAUGAAAUUGACGGUAAUUGCAUAGUGCGCGCACGCGGCUUGCCCUGGCAGUCGUCUGACCAAGAUAUCGCCAAGUUCUUCCGUGGUCUCAAUGUCGCCAAGGGCGGCGUAGCUCUCUGCCUCUCGCCUCAAGGUCGCAGGAACGGCGAGGCGCUGGUGCGCUUCGUGUCGCAGGAGCACCGGGACAUGGCCCUCAAACGACAUAAGCACCACAUCGGGCCGCGGUACAUUGAGGUGUACCGGGCGAGUGGUGAAGACUUCCUGAGCGUGGCGGGCGGCGCGACGUGUGAAGCGGCGGCCUUCCUCACGAGGGGCGCGCAAGUCAUCGUGCGGAUGCGCGGUCUGCCUUACGACGCCACGCCGCAGCAAGUGCUGGAAUUCUUCACGACUGGAGACGACCCCGUCCAGGUCCUGGACGGGGCGGACGGAGUCCUAUUUGUGCGGCGAGCUGACGGCCGAGCCACAGGGGACGCCUUCGUUCUGUUCGCUAAGGAGGACGACGCGCCGAAGGCUCUGUCGCGCCACCGAAAGCUGAUUGGGUCGAGAUACAUCGAGCUGUUUAGGUCAACCACCGCUGAGGUGCAGCAGGUGCUGAACCGGUCCUUGGAGACGCGCACCAGCUCAGCCAGCACCCCGUCCACCGCCUCAGCCCCCGCUGAGGGCCUGCUGCCGGUGCUGCUCCCUCAGCACGUGAUCACGUCGGGCACCGCUAAAGACUGCGUCAGGCUGAGGGGGCUGCCUUAUGAGGCUCAGGUGGAGCACAUACUGGCAUUCUUGGAUGAAUUUGCCAAAAAUAUCGUAGUACAGGGUGUCCACAUGGUUUACAAUGCUCAGGGCCACCCUAGCGGCGAGGCGUUCAUACAGAUGGACAACGAAACUAGCGCUUUCCUGUGCGCACAACAGAAGCACCACCGGUACAUGACCUUUAGCAAGAAGCAGCGGUAUAUAGAGGUGUUCCAGUGCUCGGGCGACGACAUGAAUCUCGUGCUGACCGGCGGCGUGACGCCGGCGACCUCGCCCAAGGUGCUCUCUCCCGGUCCCCUGACAUACUACUACCCCCCGAUGGGUCCCACGCUGCCGCCUCCUCCCCUGGUGUACUGGGGGUACCCAACGCCGCCUGUGUCCCCUGCGCAUUACUAUCACCAGCCCCACCACCCUCAGACAAUGAUACCAGAGGUGGUGUCCGUCGGCGGCGGGUCUCCCCUUCCGAUACCACCUCCCACGGCGUGUCCCGAUUGGCCUAUAUUUAUAGUUAAUUAGUCUAACUAUUUUUUGAAUAAUCUUUGACUUCCAUGAGCAACCUAGAACACAAAAAGUUUCUUGCAUCAUUUUCUGAGUCUUUCAAAGUUACAAUUUUAGAAAAGUUUAAAAUUUAAUGCUCAUGGCAGUCAAAAGAUAAAAUUGACGUUUAGAGUAUUAGAGAACAUUUUAAUUAUCAAACUUCAAUUCGUGAAAGUAAUUUAAAGUAUUGACACUGAAUUUUAUUUUCUAUUGAGAAAUUGUAGAAGUAAUAGUCAUAUGUUAUAACAUAUGGACAAGAAGGGAAGUUUUGAGGAUGAUAUGUAAAUUUUGUUCAAGCUUGCCACGGAAUAAUGAAAUACUAAUCCAUGUCUAAAGUAUUUCAUACGUUUAUAAUACAGAACACAAAAAAAAAGAAAAACUAUUAACUAGUUUAAAAAAAAGAGAAAAUUCAAGUAAAAAUUAUUUUAUGGAUAAAAUUUAAAAAAAAUAGUGAUAUUAAAAAUAUAAUAACUUUUAGUUAUCGUUUUAUCUAAGAUAUAACAAAUACACAUUAUUUAUAUAAGAUUCUUUUAUAAAAUCGUAACAUGUAAUUUAUUUACGUUCAUGAGACUUCAAAAUGUAUUUACUUAAUUUGUUGGCUUUGUUAUAACUUGAAUCUAUUAAGUUUAUACUUAUUUGUAAAGAUAUUAUACAAAAAAUACUUUUUAAUGUAUGUGUUAAUUGAUUUCUAUUUAAAAUUCAAAAUUGAAUAUUUUAAUUGUUUUACAAUGGUGCAAUUAGCAUCACUACAAAAAUAUAUUCAUACUUGAGAAAAAGCAGAUAGAAAAGGUCCUUUUCUCUUGAUUUCAUACAGUUGAUUAUAACGCGCGUAUUCAUCAAAAACAAUUUACUGAAAACUUACUUAAUAAAUUUCGAUUGUAUGUAAAAAUGCGCUGUAUUAACAUUUUGCUCCAUUGUUCACGACACAACGAAUGUAUACAGUGAUAUAAAAGGUGCUGUUGUUAAUUAUUUUUGUAGAAAUUGAACCAAAAAUAAUAUAUUGUCGAGAUACGUUAUAUCACUAAGACUAGCUUAGUUUAAGAGGACGCUCAAUUAGUUGAUAAAAUAUUUAAUAAAUUAAAGUAAGAACCAUAACUAAAUGCCAUAAUUUUUAAGAAAGACACGUCGUUGGUCACUUGAGCGUAUGGAGAAAACAUUGCUCAAUGAUAGUCUGUCCGCUGCGUGACGCCUCACGUUCAUGUAUACGCGCCAGAGAUGAGUGAAUAAGCUAUAGAACAUUUCGCAUGCGUUACAACCUUAACGCAGCGGACGGUCGAACGACUGCUGCUCAAGCGAUCAUUGUUGUUGCUCAUAAAAUAAGAAUUAAAGACAAGUACUAACGAUAUUAAACUGGUGAUAUUAAUUCUUGCCAGAAGUGCCAGUACACACAAGCUUGGCUUAUCGUUAUAUUAGUUUAAAAUGUUGUGCAUCACAUCUUUAUGAGUACCUUUUCUCGUAGCAUACUCGUAGCAUAUCUUGCACGAAUUUCGCAUCAUAAUUCAUCUAUCAUUUCAAUCGUUGGCGUUGACAUGAACAAUUACUUAUUAAUUAUAAUUUAAAGAUGUCAUUAAUUUCAUGUCAUAAUUGUCACUUAUACUUAGUGUCCGGAUGGACAUUUAACAUCUCAAUUUUUUAUAAUAAACGCCCUUUAGCUCUUACAGGAAAUAAGUAUGUAUAUCCCUUGUAACUGGCAGUUUUCUUUCUAUAUAAUGUAGUUGUAAGUAUAUAAUAUUAUUGGCAUAAUAUUUUAGAUAUUAUGACUAAAAAACAACAAAAUCAAAAAGUCUUCCCAAUUUUGUUAUAGAUAAAUAUAUUUAAGUUCGUCACAAAAGUUUUGUGAUCAGGAUUUAGAGGAAUUUUAUUGAUGUAGAAAUAUAUUUAAGUUAAUAAAAUUUUAAAGAUUAUGAUCAUUGAAUGUUAUCUAUGAUUUGAUAGUUAAAUUAACUAUCUAGGUAACUUCUGGCCAACACGCGACGUUGACGUUUAUGAACUUGCCCGGAUGCCAAAACGAUGCAAAUACCCAUUCUAAGUUACGUGUACUCGAAUAUGAUUGCUGAGAUGAAAAGAAAUUGAGACAUAAUGCGCUGUGAAUGCUUUUGAAACGGAAAUUUUUAACUUUUUUUAAAUCUCCAAACAUUUUCGGUAAGUAUUAUUUAGGUAAUUAUCAAAGUUCAUAUAAAGUUUAAUUAUGUCCGUAUUUUUAAAAUAUUUUAUUUGUGAACAAUUUUUUUUUUUUUUUACAAUAAGCAUUACGGGCAAAUUCGUUGUAUUGCAUGGAGGCCAACGUUUACAUCGUUAAUAAGUAGGUACUAUAUCAAUCCUAUUUUAAUAUAAGUUAAACCAUGACAAAAAAAUCCUUAAUAAUUUUAUACCAAACAAAAAACAUCAGAUAUUAUUACCAGACUGUUACAAAGAUAAAAUUUAUUAGCGCACUUCGUACUUGCAAUUUCAUCUUUUGUAAAAUAUAUCGACUUCCUUAGUCUUGAUUUAACGUAAGUCUCAUUUCUUAUUUUAGUAUUGAAACUACACGUUUUUUCUCUAACUAUUGCGCACUAAAAAGUAGAUUAAAAUAUUUUUCAUGUUAUGUUUAGAAAAAAAAUAUCGUCGUUGUUUUCUAAAAUUCUUUAGCACAUUUUUAUAUUAAAAAACAAAUCUCUAUCGAAUUAUUGUUAUUUAAUCCACAUAAAUAUUUUAUUUUGUAGUAAUUAUAUUAUUUAAUAUAUUUUUGUUACUUUUGUACUGAACGUUUUUUCCAGUGAUAUUCUGAAGUGAUCUUCAUGCGAAUCGUUACCUAUUCCCGUUUUCUUUUAGGUCUGUUGUAGUCAUAUGAUAUUGUUAAGGCACAUUUACGCCAUGCGAACAAAUGCUCUGUUCCCACUAGUAGGGCUAUCCAACCAAUGGCUGUCCCGGGCCGGCUACAGGCUAUGGCCAGCCAUUGUUUGGUUCGCCAUAUUGGGAAUAUAAUGAGCAUUCGUUCGCCUAGUGUACAUCAGCCUUUAGACAUACAGUAGAUAUAGUCAGUUAGUAUGUGCAAUUUUAGAGUUAGCGUUGAUGUUAAUGCCAAACACUUUGGUUUCAUAUCAUACAAAGUAGUGAAUUGUUCCGAUGAAUAAAUAAAUUAGCUAAUACAA